GUUUAAAUGAAAAAUAAGGCUUUAACGAAAUUAGAAUUAUUUGCAAUAAGAGUCAUCUUCGAAUUAUCAUACAGAAUUCUAUAAUAAAUUUCUUGAAUGGCCGCUAGAUGGCAAUGGAGUACGGUUUAUUAUUUCUUUUAUACAUAGUCUAUAUUAUAUAUACAGUAUAUAUAUGUGCUUAUAUUUACAGUUGUAUAUAUUAUAAUUUCGGUUAAGACCUGCUUCACUGAAAGGAAAAGAAGAAAAAGUUGUAGAUAUCUCUAUUAUGCCCAUAUACAGUGUUUCAUUGGGGGUGUCCCAGUAAAACUUCUCUUUUUUAAAUACUUCACACUGACUUUUCCUAAAAUGAAAAUGAUUAAAAUAUGUCGAUAAAAUUGUCCUGAUACACAAUGAUGACAUAAGAUGCGUUAAUCAUAAGGAUAAGCAGUCUUAUUGAGAUAAAAGAAACUAGUUUGUAGUCUUAAUUUAAUUAAGUAGUUUAUUAUUUAACAAAUAUUUACUUGAAGACGAAACAAUUAUUUAAAAGGUGUUUAAUAUGAAACUAAAUCAUUGUGUUCUUAGUGAAAUGUAUAUUAAACUUAAUAAAGAAGGUAAAUAAACGCCCUUUUAUUGGUUAACUAAGUUAUUAUAUUGAAAAAUUGUGAAAUAAUAUAGAUUAAUUAUGAUAUUUUUAUUGUUUAAUUAACAAACUAUACGAGUACACUGAACCUUUUGACAAUCUAGAGUCUUAUGGGGUCAGGAUCAUUUUUUUCGUUUCAGAUACGCUUGUUAAUGAUCAAACUAACUUCAUGGAUAAUUGAUCACAAAUAUACAAUUCUUUCGUAAUUUCAUCUGGAAUAAUAUAAAAUAGAGUCAUAAUUGUAAAGCAUAAUAUAGGUCUAUAUGGGCAAUAGGCAUUUGUUUUAUAGCUUCAAGGAAAAUUUCUAAUAUCAGAUAUAUCAUUAGUUAUAAUAAAAGUUGUAAUCUUACUCCCUUCUUAAUGUUAUACUUUUAGAGAAGAAACUUACUACAGUAUUAACGACAUAAUACGGAUAAUAUAAUGUAAAAUAGAUGAAUAUUAUAAUCUAAUAUGGUUUUCAACAUUUAUUCAGACUGGAAUCUUAACUUGGACAAUUAAAAGUCAUGGUAAAAAGUUGGAAAAAACGCCUAUUAUUUCUUUUAUGUACGCGAUAGAUUCAUUAAUUGUUUUAUAAUUUGACUAUGUUAUAAGACUAUUUGAUAAAAAUUGAUCAAAUAAAUGUGCAAUUAGAUCACCACGAUCAGUUGAAUAGUUAUCUCUUUUGGUAAUCUUUCCACUGAUGUGUUCUUCAUGACGUUUUUCCUCUUUUGUUCUAAAGAUUGAUUUAAAAGCUUUCAGCUUUUAAAUAGUCAAUAUCGCAAAUAAUGCGUGUUUCAUACCUUUUUGUUUCAUUUCUAUCAUGAGCAACUUAAGGAUAAGAGUACUGUUUUGCGCGAUUUUUUUUGGGAUUGUUGCUGUUAGUAUACAAUCCCAAAUUAGAACUAUACAUAAAUAUGGGGUUACUAAUGGGAAAGUUAUAGGGGAAAUAUAUAAUGACCCUUUAGAGUAUUCCAGUUGUUUUUAUAUUUGUUUGAAAGAUGAUAACUGUGAUCUUGUAGUCUACACUCCUGAUAGAAUUUGCAUGAAAAAGAAGUUGACAACUGUAAUAAAUUCUGAAAAUCCUUUAAUCCUUUACGGUAACAAAUCAUACUUUACUAUUUUACGAGAGGAAAAUGAUAAUUGGAUAAUUUUAUUCAGAAGUUCUGCAAACACAAAUACAAGAUUAUUUGAUCUCUGGAAAUCAACAAACUCUCUGAACAGUUAUAAUGCAGAUCUUCAGACUUCCAACCCAAGUCAUAAGGGAGUAUUCAAAUCCAAGAUGAUUGAUGAUGAAGUUGAAUGGAAAAAAGUAAAAAAGAUUCGUGUUUCGGUAUAUGAGAACAAUGUAGAAAAGGCAUUUGUUGUUUUUAAUUCUACAAAUUCUGACAAAAUGAACUGGUUGGACAUCGAUAAAAUUAUCGCAAGCUCAUAUACAGAUUUACUUCAAUCUCCAAAACCAACAACUAACUACUUUUCAAUCGAUGGUGAUAAUGCAUCUGAUAGAAGAUUUUAUAUGAAUGCCAACUGGGGCGGGUGUGGAGUUGAUAAAGGAUGGCUAACUGUUUUUGAAGGUUCUCCCUCCACUGUACCUUGCAGCUACGAAAUACUUUCUGGCCAUACAUUUCCUAUAUUCGUAUAUUCUGCAAAAAAUGUCAUGGUAAACUAUGCAACAGAAGCAAGAUUGGGAGACGUAUUUAUGAUAUCCGCACAAAUCAUGUAGAAGAAUAAACUUCCACAAACUUUAGCUUGAUACCAUACAUGGAAACGAAAAAGUUCAUAGUAUGGCAGAAAUUAUCCACCUUGUUAGGUGGCUCUAGUUGACGAAAAAUUUUUAAAUACGCCGUCUACGGGAUUUACUAUAAACUACACAUAAUCCAAUUUAAUGUUAUGCUGUUUAUUUUUAGCUUUCACUAAAUGUUUAAAAUAAUUCAUUAUAACUAGAAAGCAAG